CCCAUCUUUGUCAUAUAUCUCCUCCUCCCUUCUGUAAUUAUCACACAUCCCAAUAGAACAUGCUCUCCUCCCAGACACUUCAAAUCAGGCUGGAUCGCCCAGAUGUUGUCCUCUACGGGCUGCCGCACGAGGCGCACAACCAGGUCCUCUCAGGCCGAGUGGUCCUGACAACACGCUCGCAGCAGCGUGUCCGGUCGCUGACAAUCACACUGCGGUCGCUGAAGGAGAAGCUGUUCCAAACCGCCUACGCUGCAGCACCCAGCAUCGAGCUCACGCAUACAGUCGAUACCUCCCAGGGCACAUACUCGUGGCCAUUCGCCAUCAGCAUCCCGGGCUCAUUGAACGAAAGCGUAUUCACACCGCACGCCUUCAUCGGAUACGAGGUGGUGGCUGAGAUGCGCACACACUCUGCGAUUCAGCUGCUGCCCUUUGUCAGCAAAUGCGUGCCAGUACAUGUGAAGCGCAUUCCGCUGCCAGACUCCCCAUGGAUGGCUGCUGCCGCCGAGGGGCUGAAUGUCAGCGCGGGCUGGCGCAACAAAAUUGAGCUGACAGGCAUCACAAGGUCGAGGAUCGUGCACGACCAGGAUCUGGUGCGUGUCCGUGGCGUGCUGAGGCCGCUUGUCAAGGGCCUGCGCGUGCUGAGCGUCGGGUUCCAGCUUCGCGAAUAUGUUGAGGUACCCUUCGAUGAUCUGUUUGGCGCUGUUUCGCAUGGCUGCCAAGUGGUUGCGCAGAGCACCCGAGCCGUCGAUGCCUGCAACACCGUGAAAGUGGUCGAUGGCAUCAAGGUGAACACGCGGUUCUCGCCUACAGCGGCAUCGCGCACCGGCGGCAUCAUGCUUGACCAGGAGAUCUCUGUUUCAGGCGCUGUGUUCGCGCCCAAGGCAUUCACUGGGGUCCAGUAUGACAUCUGCGAAGGUCCCCUGCGUAUCUCUCAUGACAUCGUGUUCAUGGCGUCGAUCAUUGACGAAAACAUGACCGUGCACAAUAUCAGGCUGUCUUCGGUCGUCUAUGUCAUGCCCAAAGGCGCAACUACUGGGUGCGAGCUGCCGCGGUAUGAGGACUCUGCCAUGGACACGCUCAUUUGCACCGCUGGGGAUCAGAAAGACUUUGUGGAUUCCUCUGAUUCUGCGGUUAGAGUGGCUAGAUUCUCAACCUGUGGCAAUGGCCUCACCAUCAUCGACAUUCCACCACCCGUCUACACGUCUACAUAGUUUGUCAAAUUAACGUCUUUCACCACCUGUAUAAAAAUUAUGUCAUAUCAGUUGCUAAA